AUGGGAAAAGUUAGUGGAAGCCCCAAUCAUUUUUCUAAUGAAGACGAGAGCUUCUGGGGCCACUGCUAUGAGUGUAGCAGUGACCACCUUGACCUGCGUUCCUAUGUGAAACAAUGCAAUUCCAUCUGGGUGGAAAAAUGCAGCUGGAUGAUUUAUCAGAAUCCCAGUUACUUAGGACAUCGCCAUCAGUACUUCCUCAGGAAGGGAGAAUAUCCUGACUACCAGCACUGGAUGGGCCUCAAUGACUCCAUUAGGUUUUGUUGUACCAUCACAGCAUCCCAGGAGCACAGCCGGCUACAGAUCUACGAGAGAAUGUCGGAGUUCAUGGAUAACUAUCCUUCUCUCCAGGAUGGCUUUCACUACAGGAACAUCCAGCCUUGUAACACACUUGAUGGAAGCUGGGUUUUCUAUGAACAGCCACAGUUGCGAGGACUGAAGCCUAGCGAGAAUAGGCGAUGCACCAGCUGGGGUGCCAUGACUGCUAAAGUUGGAUCCUUCCAACCAACAGCGGAUAUUUCCUAA